AUGGCCCUCCUCCUUCGCCGAAGCGCGGCCCUCGCUGCCCGCACCUUCGGCGCCGCGGCUGCCUCCUCCGCUUCCACCACCGUGCACCGCCUCCCAGCCGGGGGAUCCCUUGCGGGCGCCGGGGAAUUCGCUCCAGCGCGGCUCUUCGUCUUCGAGAACCGAAGAGGCUUCGCGAAGGGGAAGAAAUCGAAGGAUGAUCGAGGUGACACUGUUCAAGCUGUUCCUGACAUUGGGCCAACUGUCAAAUCAGCUGCCACUGCACAAAUGGAUGCUGCAGUGAUCGCGCUGUCACGAGAGCUGAGCAAACUACGGACUGGAAGAGCUACUCCUGGCAUGCUUGACCAUAUCAUGGUGGAGAAUGCAGGUGUUAAAGUUGCAUUGAAUCGCAUUGCCGUUGUUUCUGUCCUGGAUGCACAUACCCUAUCAGUGAUGCCUUAUGAUCCUACUUCCAUGAAGUCUAUUGAGCAUGCUAUUGUCUCAUCACCAUUGGGCAUUAAUCCAACACCUGAUGGGAAUAGGAUUAUUGCAGCUAUCCCUCCGUUGACGAAGGAGAAUAUACAGGCACUGUGCAAGGUUGUUACUAAAUCAGCAGAGGAUUUUAAACAAAGUAUUAGAGGAGCACGCCAAAAGGCACUUGAUACAAUAAAGAAAUCUGCAUCUAGUAUGCCCAAGGAUGAUGUAAAGAGGAUUGAGAAGGAGAUUGAAGAAUUGACAAAGAAGUUCGUAAAGUCAGCAGAUGAUAUGUGCAAGGCUAAGGAAAAGGAAAUCAGCGGAAGCUGA